UAAAAGGGGCGUGUUUCCGACGGGAAGUGAUGUUUUUCGUGACGUAUCGUGACGUUUUCAUCUGAGUUCCGACUUGGAGAGAAAUAAUCGAACGCACCAAUAUACCUGAGUAAAUUAGGGGCCACAAACCAAAUUUCUCUGUUAAUGGGGGAAAUUCUAUGUCAGCUAUAGCUUCAAAACAGGAUUCAAGCUUAGUUUUAAUAUCCCAUUGGGUUUUGCCGCUACCAAGACUUGUAUGUGAUGAACAUACUAACGACAGUUAGGUGCUUAUGAAUUAUAUCCCCAAGGGGGAGUAUGUUUAGAGGUUGUUCUCACUAGAUUUUUGCCUUUUGCUUCAGUAAUUUUCUGCACCUGGCACCAGUGUGCCCUGAAAAGUCAUGACUAAUGCUAUAUGCCUCAAAGCUUCAGAAUAGGAUUCUUCGGCCGUGGACAAACGUAUUUUCUGUUUGCUUACAAAAGGAACCGCCGCAAUAACAAAGUGGAACAGAAUAGACAGAAAGGGCAUUAAUGCUCAUUACAUAUAAAAUAUCGCUCGUGUACGUAUAUGAACUACUAGUUCAUAUACGUACACGAACUGCUAGUUCAAUUACAACAAAAAAUGUGAAAACUGAUUUUUAAACUGAAGCUAAACACAAGAUGUAUGCAUUUAUUGCAAUGAAAGCUGAUAAGAACUCAACAGCAGCAUGAAAUCUAGCAUGUGGAAUCUUCACUUGUAGGUGUGUUCAAGCCACAUAGCUCUUUGGCCAUGAUUCAUCUUUGGCAAAUAUGAAAGUGUAAUUGUGGUCAUUGUGGUUAGUCUGGAACAGGCACACCACUGCUGAAAAAGGGCAACAGGGGUGCAGCUCUUCAUGGAACAGGAGCAUGCUGACAAUAUCCUCCUCUAUCACUAUCUGGGACCUGGAGCUUCUGUGUGUGCUAUUAACAUUUUGUUGUUAACAUCAGUGAUGGAGCCAUUGGGAUGGCUGGGCUGGUACCAGCCAAUGGGAUGACCAGCCUGGUAUCAGCCAAUGACAGUGCUGGGCUGGUACUAGCCAAUGGGAUGACCGGCCUGGUAUCAGCCAAUGGGAGGGCUGGGCUCGUACCAGACCAUAUGUGAUGCAGCUAUAAUUUUAGUAGUUCCCAGAAUUGCGUGAAUAUACUCGAAACAGCCAUAAUUAUAAUAUUUUCUUAUUUUCUGCAUUUACUAGAAGUCAGUGACAUUCUUCACUUCUCAUCGUUGGGAUAUGCCUCUUCUACUGUUUCUGACUGAAGGGGUUUGUGUUAAAGCUGCUGACAGACAGACUGACACACACAUUCACUGACACAAUGUCAGAAGCUUAGAGAAUCCCCUUCCCAGUGUAGUUAUUACAGAUUAUUAGGGACUGGCAGAGGAAUGUCAGAGAGAGGAGCUGCAGAUGAUUAUGAGUCAGAGGGAUUGUAACUGUAAUGGACACCAGCCUAUAAAGACAUAGAGAACGGCAUGAGGAAGAUGGUUUAGUGAUCGUCUCCUGUGCGUUAUCAAAACAAUACUAAUAACACUCAGAGUAACAAGGCCUGCUUUAACAAAACAAUACUAAUAAUACUCAGAGUAACAAGGCCUGCUUAUAAAGUGCCAAAUAAGGAUGGAGAAUAAACUGUAUUCGUGCUGAUUACACCUCGUAGUGAUUCUAUCUCUUGCAUCCCUAAUUAAUGGCAGCAAACAAGGUCUUGUUGGGCUGAUUAAAUUAAGAGCCACAAGAGUUAAGUCAUUAGAAACAGAAGAACUUGAACAAGUUGCUUAAUUCCUCGCUUCCCCGUGUGUUAAGGCACACUUGUCCUGCCUUUUGUAGCAACUUUGCCAACAUGGUCAAUGUUAGCGACUUUUUUGUCAAAUGCUUUUGCACCACAAACCAUACAGAAUGUCAGAAAAUACUAGUAGAGAAACAAUGCCAAGUGCAAAGUAAAGCUUAUUAACUUAACUAUUAAUUGAUGAUAUAAUUUAAAAUACAUAUGGAUACAAUAAUAUGUAAAUCGAAAUGUAACAAAUUGGCCAGUUAUGUGCCUUUGUCUGUGUCUAGUCCAGUAUCCAGUCAGUAUCCAGCAUCUCCUUGGGUGCUAAACAUCCCAUAGAGAAGCACUCUGCUGCGGUCCCUCUGAUGAGUCAUAAAGUCACAGAUUUCGCACCACGUGUUCCUUCCAAAGUCCCUGCAUCCUUGCCUGAGAUAAGCCAGUGGAAGGCAGAUGGGGGGGGACAUACGUUAUGUAAAUAUUGCGUUUCACAUGGGGCUGUUGUCUGAAUAAUGUGUGCGGUAUACUUGAGAGAGCCCUACGUCAGGUUUAUUGCCUUAAUUCGGAUAGCUUGCUGUAUUAUUUAUAUUGCUAUCAUUUAUAUGAUAAUUGACUAUGAUUCAUAUAAAAGCAAUGCAAUAUUGCAGUAUAUAAUUUUAGAAUGCAAGGAAUUAUUAUACUCCAAGCAUAAAUGUAGUUAAUAAAUGUUACACAGUGCCUUGCACUUCCUGCUGUAUGCUAUGGUGACACUGAGUUAAUCACACAUUUUUGUUGUUUUAAAACUGAAAUAAUUUCACUCUUUAUAUCACUUGUACAGUAUAGACUCAUGGUGAACCUGGAACCUAUCCCUGGAAAUAAGAACAUAAUCCAGGGAAUGAAGCUGGGAAUCCAGGGAAUGAAGUAGAGAAUCCAGGGAAUGAAGCAGGGAAUCAAGGGAAUGAAGCUAGGAAUCCAGGGGAUGAAGCUGGGAAUCCAGGGAAUGAAGCAGGGAAUGUAGCAGGGAUUCCACGCGAUGAAGCUGGGAAUCCAGGAAAUGAAGCAGAGAAUCCAUGUAAUGAAUCAGGGAAUCCAGGGAAUGAAACUGGGAAUCUAGGGAAUAAAGCAGGGAAUGUAGCAGGGAAUCCACGGAACGAAGCAGUGAAUCCAGGGAAUGCAGACAGUUUAGAGCACAGGACUGCAGUUUGACACCCCUGGUUUAGAGACACCAGAAUCUAAUGAGGUGUUUUGGGCUGAGGGAGGAACCCAAAGUACCUGGAUGAAGCCGCUGAGAGUGCAGGGAGGGGGGUGCAAGAAUGAGUCUCCCAGCCCUGGAGAUGUCAGGCCACAGUGUUCUGAGCAGAACGGAAAUGCAUCCAUCACGUUAACAGAGUCACAUUGCACUGUCAGGGACAGUCAGCAUCUCGCUGUUGGGCAGCAGUAGUUGACGUCCUAUUGACAUACAACAAUUAGUGUUUGUGGACUAAUAGGGAAAUCUUUGCUAAACUGAACUGCUGAGCACAGUGACAUUAACAAAAAAUUAUCAAAAUAUGCAUUACAGCAUGUUGGGGCACAUAUUAAUGGUUCAGUUGUGUUAAAGGUUUCUUUGGAUUCAGAUCCAAAUAUCUCAAAAUAUACGUCAGCAUAUAUGUCAGCAAAGUUUGCCUUGCCAUAAAAAAUCUUAUGAGUAUAAAAAUCAUCAUUUAAAAAAAAUAUAUGCAUUUAUUAUGUUAUGUGGCAAAUAAUAAGCACUGAAUUCUCUUGUACGGUAAGGUCUCUUCUUGUAUAACAUCCCUUGAUCUGGACCUAAGAGUAGAAUGUUAGCAGACCUUGACAUGACUGUGUGUGAUGCUCAGUGGCCUGGAAUGCAGCGUGACACCUCAAUGCAGCAUGUGUAUCUCUGCCACUGGCAUAAUCCACCGCCUUGAUCUCCCUUCUGUGUCUCCGUCUUGCCUGUGCAGUGCCCGGCUCCGCUCCAGGGCAGCAGGAGGCGCAGCAGUCACCUCCGUGAGAAAAGCACCGGACAGGAUGCUGCACAUGCAUUGUCACCAGAGGGACGUCAUCCAGCAAAAAUAUAUAUAUUUAUGCGGCCAGUCUCCUUACAUCCAUCCAUCCAUCCAUCCCUUCAUCGUCUUUGCCCUUUUCCUGAGUCGGGUCACGGUGAGUUUCUGUACAUGGCAGACGGCUCUCUGGCCACGGCCAGAUGUGAACAGCCAUAAUUCACACACAUCUUUUCAUUCCUGCUGUCUUCCAUAUGCUUAUAUUCCUUUACGCACUUUUAGUCCUGCUGCACAAGCUUAUCCCUCUAGUUCCUCCUCUGAUCAUCACCUGCCCACAUUAAGUCCUUGUAUUACUGUCAUAAAUCUGUUCCUCUGGCCUCUAUAUAGCUAUCUGUGGAGGACACGACUUGCAUCAUCCCUUGCCUGAAACGAAACUCCAGUUCCUAUGGGAUUGGAGCUCUGGCCAAAUCGUCUCUGACAGGCGUAUCAGGUGUGUGUCUGUCCUGUGGCCGGUAAAACAACCGCAUGCUGGUUCCAGCCCUCAGAGCCAACAUGGUCCCCAGUCAAUAUCCCUGAUCGCUUCCACCAGACUGUGACAGCACGUGUCACUGAUCAUGUGAAAUCCAGAUAUUUGAACCGUGAUUCAUCUACAGUUUAGCGCAGUGUUUCCCAAUCCGAUCCUCAGGAGCCUACAGUAGUCCACAUUUUUGCUCCUACUGGGAGGGAGCCAAAACACGGAGCGACCGUGGGUCCCCAAGGACUGGAUUGGGAAACACUGGUUUAGCAGGAGGUGGUGUGCACUGUACCAUCGUCUGUUUCAUUGUGUGGCCUUCGCACCAGUGUAGCCUGCUCUUUGUGUGGGAUGUCAGGUGCAGAAGUACCUCUUUGUGCUACAGUAUAGUUUUAAGCUGGAGAAAUUAUUUACAUUGAAUCAUUUUAAAUUAAAAAAAUGCAACCGAUGUGAACAUAAAUGUAAAGUGGCACUUGUUGGGAGAAGCAUGGUACCAGUUUUUUUGGUUGCAUUACCAGCAAAGAACACCCACAAUUAUCUGCAUUUAAAGGGUGGACAGUCAAUAGGUGAGACAGAUUAUUAUAUGGUAAUACAUGUGUGCUUUGUAACUCUUAAUAAUGUUUGCCACUGUUGCUGUAUUUCGAGGCCCACACACGUGAAGGGUGCACAGUGCCUGAAGCAGAACCGUGUCUUAUUCAUUGGUAUUUCAUGUUAAAUGGCUGCUGUGAUGAUAUUCCAGCUUCCGAGGCACUUAUACGUAAACGCAGCAGAGAGAAGGAGCUGAAAGUUUAACGUGCUGUAAGAAAUCCUGUCUGAUCACCAUCUACAUCCCAUAAUGAGUCUGCUGCAUUAUCAGUACUGCAUGGCAUCAAAUUCUGAAAACUAAGAAUCACCCACGACAGAGUAGUGCGUCCAGUGAAAUCAAAACGAAACACUCUUCCUUUUAAUUAUCCACUGUAUCUUCUCAGUCCAAUCUCCAGUGAAUCUCUCUUUGCCUUUAAAUCUGUCAAAACAUUAGGUAUGACGCGAUCCAUGAAGGACAAAGUAACAAAGCCCACUGCAAUGGCCCAAGGCCGUGUGGCUCACAUGAUUGAGUGGCAGAGUUGGGGCACACCAUCUGCUGGGCCAGAGGGGGGUGCGGGCCGUGCCAACUUGCACCGUGAGAGGGAGAGACGGCUGGAAAACGAUGCCUACAGUGACUUGAGUGAUGGAGAAAAGGAGGCCCGCUUUGCAGCUGGGGUCAUGCAGCAGUUCGCCAUCUCUGAGGCGACCCUCCUGGCCUGGAACUCCAUGGAUGAAGAAAGCUUUGGUGCAGGGUGUAACCGUGGCAGCGCCGCCCAGCUCAGUGAGGUCAACCAGCACAGCGUCACUAGCAGAGACCAGAUGCUACAUGGCUCCUCAGCCGAGGUGUGGCCCCAUACCUAUGUCUCCCAAGGCCUCUACUGCCUCUCCUCCUUGGAUGGCUGGGAGCCGGUGAGCAGCAACCCUUCUGGCGUGGGCUCGCCGGCUGCCGGCUCUCACGUCGUGGCUGACGGGGCCUCGUACGAGGGUUACGACGGAAGCUCGACCCCCUUACAACAGCAGCUCAAGGCACAACAAAAUCAGUUACAGCAGCUGCAGCAGAUCCAGCAGUACCAGCAGCUCCUGCAGUACCAUCAGCAGUCCAUGGAGCACAGAAUUCACAGUCCCUGCCAUUCCCUGCAAGCCACGCCCAACAGCACAAUCCACAGCUUGCCUCCGCCUACUCUGCCCCCACUGGUUAAUUUGUGGGGAGUGGCAGAUACGAGGGCCAAUCAGUGCGAAAAUGUGAGCAUGUCUACAGUGGAUGGCGCUGUUGCUGCUAUAGGCGGAGAGGAACCGGGCUCAGAAAGCGAAUACCUACUGGAACAACAGGAAGAAGACGACACCAAGGAGGAGGAGGAAACACUGUGCACAGAGCUGGAGUCAGAGACGAGACAUGAAAACACAAGUGCAAAGCGCAGCCCGGAAGAGGCGCCUGGGGAGUCAUCGAGUGAACGCAAGGGUUUCGACAUCACUUCCUGUAUCAUACAGUCCGUGGACGAGAAAGUUGCAGAAAAUGGGUCUGUCGCUGUGACUACCAACUGCUGACUGUCUGCUGACAGAGAUGGACAGAUCAUUCAUCAGAAUCUCCACCAAUGUGAUACCAACCACUUUCCUGAGGCUGAAAAGCUGAGCGUUUUAUGCAUUCAAACAAAGAACAGUUUACGCGCUUAAUAAAUGACCGAAGAUGAUAUCAGAAAUGACCUUGACAUUGUGAAAAGGACACAAACACAGAAUACAGCAGAUGUAUUUCAGCUGGAAAAAAACAAAGGAACAAAAACAAAACGUAAAAAGGGACAGAAGUUGCAUGCUUGUGAAGAUCCUCAGUGCUCCAUUUUCAGCUCUGCCGACAAUAUACAUAUAAAUCAAAACAAUGCACUAUUUUUCGUAUAAUCAGUAAAAGUACAUCCUGAAAUAUGUCUUAAUGUUUUGUGUUUUAUUGUUUAUUUUUGGAGCUUAACCCUUUAAGCAAUUAUUUGUUUCAGGGUUAUCACAAAAAAAAAAACAUAAAAUCAUUUCACUCAUAGACUGUGCAUAAAGGUCUGCAUGCAAGAUAUAUUUGUGCCAGAAUUCAAAUAUUUGUACAUGCAAUCAUACAUAUUUAGCAAUUAUUUGGAAAAAUAAAAUAUUUCCAUUGAGCAAUAA